AUGAGGCCCUCGGCGCGGGAUUUGCUCCGGCGGCUGCUGUUGGCGACGAUGCUGGCGGCGCUGGCUCUUGCGGCCACCACCGCCCUAGCCCGGCAGCCGGUUCGCCUCUCGUCGGCCCCCCCGGUCGGGGCCAUUACCCUGCCAGCCGGGGCAUCCUACAGCACCGGCACCACCACCGGCGAGGUGCACAUCAGCGACCCGGUGAAGACCGUGCGCGAGGAAAUCACCAGCACCCCCGAUGGCGACCGGAUUACCACCAUCACCACGACCACCGUCACCAAGACCUCCACCGUGAGCACGCUGGUCCCGCCGAACAUCGCCACGCUGGAGCGCCAGUCCGACAAGGCCAGCAUCGGGGGCGCUCGCCCGGCCAUCGGUGGCUCGGCCGUGCCCCUGUCAUCGACCCAGAUCCAUCAGAAGCUCCAGGCCGAGGAGCGCCAGCGCCAGCAGCAGGCUCCGGCGGCCAGCCGGUCCGGCCGCGUGGCCGGGUGGGACUUGCAAAAGGGCCCCUCGGGCGGGUGGUCGUAUGCGCGCAUGGCCGGUGCCGGCACCGGCCGGCAGGCCGGCCAGCCCGGCAGCCGGUCCAUGAACAUCAAUUGGGAUGCCAAGCUGAGCGAUUUGCGCGGCGACACGGGGCCCGAGCCGGCUCGCCAGUGGUUCCGCGCGUACCGCCGCGCCGCCGGGCCCGGUGCUGGCGGCACCGGGGCAUCUCGCACCACGCACGAAUACGCCAAGGCCGAUGGCAAGCAGGCCGCCCAUCGGCCGGCACCGCACCAUGAUGAUGGACAUGCCCAGCGGGCCGCCGGUGACGAGCCGCACAGCCACAUCGUUCGCCGGGUGGUCCCGAGCCCGGUGCUCGGGGACGACGCCCACCGCCGGGUCAUGUGGUCGGCCGACGCACAGAAUGUCCUCUACACCUCGGAAGCCAAGAAGAGCCUGCGCCAGCAUUACAGCCGCUGGAAUGGGCUGGUCGUGCCGGGGAUCGUUUGCCUGGCGGCCUUCUUCUUCUACCGGUGGCUGGCCAACCAGGUCCGGCGCUCCAACUCCCGGUGGAUUGGGGCCGGCAUUCGCAACGACUAUGCCGAGCGCAGUGCCAUUGCCUAUACGCGCCGCCAGCACCAGGCCCCGGACCAUGGCGGCUCGGACACGGCCAUGUCGGCCGCCGCCCAUCGAAGCCAGGACCUGGCCCGCGCGGUGGACGCCUUCCGCGAGGACUGGGAUGGGCGGGUGGUCAGCAUCAUCCAUGCGGUCAUCAGCACCACCCUCUCCCUGGCGUGCAUUCGCGCCGACGAGGCGGUCCUGCGCCACGGCAGCCCGGAAUACCAGCUGGGCUACUACACCUUCGGUGCCACCCCCCUGCAUGUUCUCACCCUGGCCGCCAGCUGCGGCUACAUGAUCUAUGACUCGCUGCACAUGGCCCGGAUCCGGCCCUGGACCGGGGGCGACACGGCCAUGACCCUGCACCACAUCGGCUGCGCCAUGGCCUUCGUCCUGUCGAUGGUCAGCGGCCUGGGCCGGGCACAUGUCUGCUCGCUGCUCAUCACCGAGAGCACCACCCCCUUCUUCCACACCCGGUGGUUCAUCCGCCGGCUGAAGGAGUACAACCAGGCGCGCUUCGAGCGCGAGGAGCGCGAGUUCAUUCGCGACCAGUGGCGGCCGGCCCUGGCCCAGGUGUCGGACUACGCGCCGGCCCUGGCCCGGCUGAGCCAGGAGUCGGUCCUGGCCCCGGAUGGCGUGAUGUAUCCCGGGCAGCCGGCCCUCCGGCCGGUGCUGGUCGAUGGGCGCACGGUGGCCGCCCUGCACAGUGGCCAUGGCGCCGGGGCGGCCCUGGCGGCCGCCCAUGCCGAAGCCCCGGGCGGCCACAUCGACUCCAUCGAGCGCCUGGAUGACGGCCGGUGGAACCAGUUCACCGAGGAGCAAAAGUCCGUCAUUUGGAGCCGGCACCGGCGCUCGGUCCGGGCCUUCAAUGCGCUGCUCCACCGGGCCAAGGUGACGGCCGACCUGCUGUUCGCCGUGAUGUUCUUCACGGUGCGCAUCCUCAGCGGCGGGCGCAAUCUCCUCCACAUCAUGGUCAACUGCCUGCAGGCGCUGGUCCUGCCGCCGCGCGAGGCCAGCCUCAGCCGCGGCCUCACUCGGCCACACCGGUGGACGGCCCUCACUCUGAGUGGCCUGGCCGUGGCGCACUUCGCCCUGAACUUCGGCUGGUUCUUGAUCAUCUGCCGGACGGUCCUCCGCGCGGCGUACACGUCCCUGGUCUCCUGGGCCGGGCCCGGGGCCAGCAGCCUCUUCGGCCUGUCCGGGCUGACGGGCCUCCGGGACUUCAGUGUCCGGGUGACGGCCGGACGCGAUGCCCCGGCCGCCACGACCGAGGCCCGGUAUGCCGACCGGUCGGCCAGCUACCGCCGCCGCCGGCCCGAGGGGGCGGCCAGCCUGCCGUCAUCGGUCAGCGCCAGCAAGCCGGGCCAGUGGUUCGACGACCGGCUCCGGUCCCGGCCGGCCGAGCGCCUUUCGAGCUUGCUUUCCUCGCCCCCGCGGCAGAUGGCGGCCACCAGCGGUGGUGGUGGUGGUGGUGGUCCUCGCAGCCCCGGCAAGUAUGCCGACGACGAGAACUGGCGCAACAUCGAUCGGAGUUGGGAAGCCCAUGGAACCGCUUCGGGAGCCGCCUCCCCCGUGGACGGCCCCCGGUCUCCGGAGCCGCUAUCGCCCCGCCUCGACCGGAAGGAGGCCCUGGAUACGGGGAUCACCCAGCAGGGCCGCCGGCCCGGCCAUGUGGCUUCUGUUGCCGGCCAGCCCCGGCCGGACUUCGCAAACGGCGUGACGUACUGGUUUACCUCGCGCGAUCAGGACACCACCUCGGGACCCGGCGAGCAGCACGGCCAUCAUCGCCGCCACCAGCACCACCCCCACCACCGCCAUGCCCAUCAGGAGGUGCCAUCUUCAGCCAGCGAACAUUCGAUCGCGUUGUCGGCGGCGGACUCGCACUUCUCCACGACCGACGAUCUGACCCACCAGAUGAUGUACGGCGCCCAUCACUACCACCAGCCGCGUAUGGGCGGCCCGUCGCGGGGCUCCUCCUCCGACGGGCUGAAUGCCUCGGCCUCCGAGGCCGACAGUGGGCCGUCCUUUUUGCAAAGCCUCUGGUCCAUCCCGGACCGGCUGAGUGACUGGCUCGGGUACACCGCCCGCCGGCAGGAUUUCUUCGAUCAAGAGGAGGAGGAGGAGGAGGAGGAGCAUGCCUCCCUGGAGGAGGGUGGCCGGGGCCAUGUGUCCUCCUGGCGGCAGGGCCACCAUCAUUCGCGCCAGCACCAGCACGACCAUCACCAUGAGCCGCACCGGCGUCUGGAGCACUCCCGGCCCGGAAAUGCCCAGCUCUACGGCCGGUACCGGUCGCAGGAGCUCGAUGACCCGCCCCUGGUGGAUGCGGUCCGGGCCCGCCGCGAGGAGCGUCUUCACUCGAUGCCGUCGGGGGCCGAGCAGCAGCAGCAGCAGCAGCAGCACCACAGCCACCACCAUCGCCACUAUUCGGCGUCGGGCGUGAGCGGCUCUCGGCACUCGGCGGGGCACAUGACGAUGGCCGCCGGCGAGGCGGCCGGCGCUGGGCGUGGUGGGGGCGGGCCGUCGCGCUUGGCGUCGGGCUCCUCCCACCCCCGGGACGGCGGCACCCGCAGCGCGAGCAUCGACUACACCAUCUCCGCGCGCCUGCGCUCGGACGCCUCCAUGAGCGACCUGCUGAGCUUCGGGCCGGACGACUCCUCCGGCACUGGCAGCGGGUCCGGCAGCACCUCCAGCCGGCACGCGGCCGGCAUGGACGCCGCCUCGACGGCCCUGGGGGGAGAUGGCCGCGGCCCUGCUGCGUCGGCGGCGCCGGGGGAGCAGGCGGCCCGCCUGCGCCGGGAGCCGGCGGCCGGCAGCGGCACGGGCACAGGCGGCGGCCUCUUCGACCUGCGGGAGGAUGAGGAUGCCCACCAGGUGGCCAUCUGCCGGAUGAGCUGCAACCACACCACGCAGAUGGUGUCCGGCCACAAGGAGGAUCUGUUCAUCGAUCCGGAGCUGUGUCCGGUGCCGAUGCAAGGCCGGUCGUCGUUCAUCACGUCCGAGAGCGGCACCGUGCCGGCCGGGCCGCUGGAUGAGCGGUUCCUGCACUGUGCCCCGGGGGUGGCGGCCAACCGGCGCAACCUUUCCAUCAAUGUCGGCGACGAGUGGUCCUCGACAUUGCGCGGAACCGAGGUGGAGAUCGGCAGCCCGCGCGACCUGCCCGAGGGCGAGUACUUCAACCUGCAGCUGGACAGCAUGAACCUGGCCCGGCCGAUGAUCCACUACAGCAUCCUCUCGUCCGGCAGCCAGGCGGUCCAGCCGGUGGAGAUCAUCGAGGGCCUGGACACCUCGCCACCGCGCCAGUCGUAUUUGGAAAAGAAGAUGCGCGAGAAUCCGGAAUUGUGGGGCAGGCCCGCGGGGGCGGCACCCGGCGACGGCCCGGAGGAGCCCCGCGUGGCGCGCUUCUUCCCCAGUGAGGACUCCCGCGCGUCCGGGUCCUCCUCCUUCUCCUCCGAGGACAGCCUGAGCGCCGGUGGCGGCCCGGGCAGCAGCGGCUCCGUCGGGGGCGAUUCGGCCAUCACCGGGGGUGACCAUUUGGCCGCGGCCGCCGCCGGCGGCAAGGCUCCCAUGCGUCGGUCGGCGCGUCGGGCGGCGGCGGCCGCCGCCGCCGCGGCAGCUGCUGCCUCCUCCUCGGACGCCACCGCCGCCGCCUCCUCCGCCGCCACCAAGGCCAAUGCCAAGCAGGGUCCAUCGGCCAAGUCGACCACCCCCCAGCCAUCGCACAAGAAGGUGACCUUCCUGUCGAAGGAGGCCGCAGCCGCGGCGUCCGGGGGUGCCGUGUCGUCCAACAACUCCUCGGACGACUCGAGUGUGCCGCUGGCCGAGCUGGUGGUGCGCGCCGUCACCGGGGGCCGCAGCAGCACCGCCAAGCAGUAG